UUCACAGAUGAAGCCACUCGAAGGGACCACGCUGGGACAGGGGGAGGAGGGACCGGCCCAGGGGCGCCGGCGGCGGCAGCGGCAGAGGACGAGCGGCCGACCCAGCCCCUCACCUCGGAGGGAGCAGCAGGCAGAGCUGGCCGGGCUCCCCGCGUCUCCGGAUGAAGGCAGGAUGAGCAGUGCCCAGGAACACCCAGCUGGGAUUUUGGCCAGGAGCGAGCAGAGCGUGGAGCAAGUCAGCGAGGAGCCAGGCAGAGCCAUGCAGGAGCAGCACCCUGGGGACAGUGACAGGACUAAAGAAGAUGCAGAAACCCUGGAGGAGCCGCCGCUGAGUCUCCCCAGUGAGCUCUCAGUGCUGGACAGACUUGGCUUGCACAGGGUGGCUUUGACAGAGCAGGAUCUGGAGGCAGCCUUUGCCCACCUCGCCCUGGCUUUUCGCUGCGACACGUUCACCCUGCAGCAACGGGUGCAGGUGGAGAAACGGGCACGGGAUGCAGCAGAGGAAAACAUCCAGGAGGAGCUGGGGCAGUGCCGAGCUGCGCUGGAGAGGCUGGGCCAGUCCUGCACCAAUGCAGGCUGCAAGGAGACGCUGGAGGAGCUGCAGCACAACCUGGCUGUACUGUCAGCGGCCAUCGAGAGGGCAACCGGUGCUGCGGAGAAGCUGGGGGCUGUACACCAGGAGGCCCGGAUGAGCCGAGCAGCAGAGGUGAUGGUCCAGCACGUGGAGAACCUGAAGCGGCACCACAUGCGGGAGCACGCGGAGCUGGAGGAGAUGAAGCGCCUGAUCCAGCAAAACUCCCGCAACCGGCAGCUGGCGGAGACCCAGGAUGAUGUGGAGCCACGGCUGAGACCUCACCCCCUGAAGAGAACUUUCCAGCAGGGGUCUGCCCGCCGCAGAGUCAGCAUCGCCGUCAUCCCCAAGCAGCUCCUGCCAGGUGCCAGCCCUGAGAGCCGAGCAGCCCCAGCAGGUGACCUGGAGCCAGAGGGGGCCCGGCGCUGGCCCAGCGUGCAGAGGAGCGAACCAGAGCCGCAGGGCCAGGACAGCGCCGUGACCGCGAGGCUGGUGGCAGAGGCUGAUGGCAGAGGCUCAAGCACGGGGGACGAGGAGCCGGAGCAGCCUGGGCUGAUGUCCAAGAGGUCUGCAGCGGAGCUGUGGCGUCCAUGGCUCUUCUUCCCACAGCACUACUGGGUUUUCUUCUGGCUGCUUCUCCUGAGCGUCGCCUUCCUCCUCCUCGUCCGUGCCCUGGAGCUGCAGCGGCUGCAGUCUGCAGCAUCAUCCAAGGCCUAGCUGGACCGGGGAGGGGGAGCUGAGAGGCAUCUCUGUCCUGAAACACCAAAACCCUAG